AAGCUUGCGCGUCGCCACUGGAGCGCUCCUGAGAACCACGCGCACUCAUUACAGUACAGUUCACAGAUUUACGAGGAAGGAGUCCAUCACUUCGUAAAUCUGUAUCUUUGUCACCACUUGUGUGAAGUUACCGCGACUGUAGUUCAAUACCGUUUGAGAAGUAUACUUUACUUUUAUCAUAGGGGAUUUUAGAAGUGCGCAGCGGACUAUUUCACUGGCUUUCCCUGAAACGUCGGGACACAGGCAAGUGGAAACUCCUUAUAACGAUAAAGUAUGUGUAACCUAUUAAAGACGUGUGGACUAUUAGAGAUGAAUAUAAUUUUACAUCAAACAAUUUUAUGAAAUGAAAGGACUAUAGUUCGACUAGGCAACGGUGUGGUUGCGUGACGUGGAUUUCUAGCGAUUUCUGUGAGGGACGCAGACACAAACUGUAACCUAAAAGUCAUCCUCACGCUCUUUGAUGUGGUCUGAACAGGGCAGGUGUGGGGAGUUGGACUUCAACUGUGAAAUGAAUCAAUCGUCCAGCGUUUUCACUUGGUCUUUUCCAAAGACAAACAUAGUAAUGGGGUGAAGAGGAUGAGACUGCGGGGAUAGUCUAUGUGGGAGGGGACAUGGAAUAUUCUCUAUUAUAUAAUCUUCGACAAAAACUGAUUUUAAGUGGAUGACCGUUUCUCAAUUUUACCUGACCCCUUCCCCUUUCCCUUUUUAGUGGGAGCGACAGAACAUUUUUUGUGUUCAUUAAUAUUUUGGGAAAGAAUCAACUUGCUUUCAAGCGCAAAACUUGGCUGGUAAGAUGAUAAGACAUCUUGACUGAAGUUGACAAGGAGAUUACCUGCGACUAUAACCAGAGUCACUAGUGUGUGUGCUGUUUUAUUUCACAGAUCAGUUAUUGCACUGUAACCUCCUAUGUGUAUCUCUCCAUAAGAGAGAGCUAUGUUGAAUUAUCAAGAUGGCUUAUGUGCAUUUAUUGUUUCAUUUUUCAACUAUACCUCUCUGUCUCUAUUUUCUCUGCCUUGAUCCAUCCCUCUUUUUUAUUGUUUGAUUUUGGUUGAUCAUUUUGAAUGACACCUGAUGCCCAAAGCCCUGGAUGUAAAUCCUCUAAGUACCAUUCAAGAUGCUGAAUUUAAAGACACUAAGUGUUCCAUUAACCUCCCUUGGGGGCAACCCUUCCUUUUUGUACAACAUUGCACCGUUGUCUUGGUGUCGCUGUCUCUUGGGGACAUAAAACCCUUGCAACCAGCUCCAUCUUCCUGUGAGACUCUGUGAUAUGUAAUCAUUUGCGAAUCUGUCGACACACUCAGUUGUGUCCUUUGACAUCUUUCAAUCUCUGAAAGGCUUUUUUUGCUUUAAGUAGAAAGGAAUAAGAACAACUCCCGAGUUCCUCUUCCUCCAGCCCCCCUGUUUGUCCUCCCCUCUCCCCCCCACUCAUCAGGGCUGGUGGGGGGGGUGGGAUCUGGAGCUCCAGGGUCCUAACAGCAGAGGUGGGGCUACCCUGGAGCCUCCCUGGAGUAAGGCCUCCCACCAUGGAGACCAGCCCAGAGAGUCCAAACCGGGCUGUGGAAUACCUCCUGGAGCUCAACAACAUAAUUGAGAGCCAGGCUAAGCUCCUGGAGACCCAGCGGCGGCGCAUUGAGGAGCUGGAGGGUCAGCUGGACCGUGUCAGCCGGGAGAACCAGGACCUGAGGCUGGAGAGGCCAAGUCCACCACGAGCCCCGGAGCCCCCCGAACAGAACCAUAAUGACAGCGGCCACAGAGCGGAGCCGGCCCUCUCCCUGCCCGUCCACCCCGGAGGCGGUAGUGGGGGUAGCGGUAGCGCUGCCAGCCCUGUGGCCGCCCCGACCCCCGCAGUGGUGGCGCCCCCUUCAGGGCCAAGCCGGGAGAGACGGGCCCACACCAGGCUGACCCGUGGUAUGUCCUGUGGAUCCAACCCGGCAGAGAGGGAGCAGCGGGGGAGACUGGACCACACAGACAGCUCUGAUACCAACAGCUCCACCAUCCGUAGAAACGUGGAAGCAGAGACCCAGUGUGCGGAGCCGCCGGUGGCCCACUCAGACAGCCCCUACAGCCAAACCACCGCCUACCUGCGUGGCACAGAGCGCUACAGUGACAGCAGCUGUGGUCCUGUCCCUCCAGGCCCCCGGGGGCCUCCGUGUGUGGCCCCUCCCAACUCAGCUAGCCUUGCCUGGGCACUGCGAACCCGCCACCAGCCCGCCAGCCUUGCCCUCCGCAAGCAGGAGGAGGAGGAGAACAAGAGGUGCAAGGCUAGCCUCUCAGACAGCUAUGAGCUCUCCACAGACCUGCAGGAUAAGAAGGUGGAGAUGCUGGAGAGGAAGUACGGUGGUUCCUUCGUGAGCCGCAGAGCAGCCCGGACCAUCCAGACGGCCUUCCGUCAGUACCGUAUGAACAAGAACUUUGAGCGCAUCCGCAGCUCGGCGUCCGAGAGCCGCAUGACGCGACGCAUCAUCCUGUCCAACAUGCGGCUACAGUACUCGUUUGACGACCGGCAGCCGCAGGGGACCGGGACCCAGACGAGCUUCGGCCACAGUGUGAGCAUAGGCCCUCCACACUCCCCUGACACAGACAGGACGGGAGACUACACACACCUGGAGGAUUCCUUCUCCAAACAGGUGAAGUCCCUGGCCGACUCCAUAGAUGACGCGCUGACCUGCCGCGGUGGGCGAGACGACUCUCAGGAGGGCAGCAGGGAGGGCGGGCCCGGCAGGGAGGGCGGGCCCGGCAGGGAAGGCAGGGCCGUCAGCGAGGACUUUGGGGAAUGCGUGUGGAGCAACAGCGGUAACCCCGCCCAGAGAGGCCUGGCCGAUCGAGCUCGCGGAGCAGGAGGCGGCCUCAGCAUGCACGGAGACAGCACGGCCACCUCCUACAGCGACGUCACGCUGUACAUGGACGAUUGCAUGCCCUCAUCGCCCCUCUCCCUGGACCGGGCCCCCAGCAGCACCGACACAGAGUACUGGGGCCCGGGGGGAGGUGUGGGGGGACGCGAGGACAGCCGGGACACGGAGGGGGGCGGUAGUAGUAACAGCCGUCGCAGCACCCCCUGUACAGAGUGUCGAGACUACCGUCUGAGGGGCGCCCACCUGCCCCUGCUCACCAUCGAGCCCCCCAGUGACAGCUCCGUGGAUAUGAGCGACCGCUCCGAGCGCGGCUCCCUCAGCAGACAGAUCUACGAGCAGGAGCCGGCGGUAGGGGCGGGCUCUCCUCAGGGAACCCUCAAACAGUCGCCCAAUGCUCCCCGGCCCAUCCCCACGGCCGCGGCACAGGGCCAGACCCGCGCCCCGGGCCGAGGGCCCCCCCUGCCCACUCACAUCCCCCACCACGUGGCCCACCACCAUCACCACCACCCACACCACCACCAGUACCCGGACACCCCCUCGUCGUCCUCCUCCCCCCAGCAGCCCCCCACCACCCCCCUGUCCUCCUCUUCUUCUGCCGCGUUGCCCCCUGGCGGCCUACAGCAGCCCUGUCUGUCUGACGGGGACAACGACUCUCUGAACUCCACCACCAACUCCAACGAGACAGUCAACUGCAGCUCCGGCUCCUCAUCCCAGGACAGCCUGAGGGAGCCCCUGCCCCCUCUGGGGAAGCAGACCUACCAGAGAGAGAGCAGACACAGCUGGGACUCACCGCCGUUCAACAACGAUGUGGUGCAAAGACGCCAGUACCGGAUUGGACUCAACCUGUUCAACAAAAAGCCGGAAAAGGGGAUCCAGUACUUGAUUGAGAGAGGCUUUGUGUCUGACACUCCGGUCGGGAUUGCUCGCUUCAUCCUGGAGAGGAAGGGCCUAAGCAGACAGAUGAUUGGAGAAUUCCUCGGUAACCGGCAAAAACAAUUCAACAAGGACGUACUGGACUGUGUGGUAGACGAGAUGGACUUCUCAGGGAUGGACCUGGACGAUGCUCUUAGGAAGUUUCAGGCCCAGAUCAGAGUCCAAGGAGAAGCCCAGAAAGUAGAAAGGCUCAUAGAGGCUUUCAGUCAGCGGUACUGUGUAUGUAACCCCAUGCUGGUCCGCCAGUUCCAGAACCCGGACACCAUCUUCAUCCUGGCCUUCGCCAUCAUCCUCCUCAACACGGAUAUGUACAGCCCCAAUGUCAAGGCAGAGAGGAAGAUGAAAUUAGAGGACUUCAUCAAGAACCUCAGAGGAGUGGACAACGGCCAGGACAUUCCCAGGGACCUGUUGGUUGGGAUCUACCAGCGGAUUCAGAAGUGGGAGCUACGGACCAAUGACGACCACGUGUCCCAAGUGCAGGCGGUGGAAAGAGUCAUAGUAAUGUCUCUGCCACACCGCCGGCUGGUGUGCUGCUGUCAGCUCUAUGAAGUGCCUGACCCCAACCGACCUCAGAGAGCAGGAGUUCACCAACGGGAGGUCUUCCUCUUCAAUGACCUGCUGGUGGUGACGAAGAUUUUCCAGAAGAAGAAGACUUCAGUGACGUACAGUUUCAGACAAUCUUUCCCUCUGGUAGAGAUGCAAGUCCACAUGUUCCAGAACUCCUACUACCCUCACGGUAUUCGUCUGACCUCGGCAGUGCUGGGCGGGGAAAGGAAGGUCCUUAUCGUGUUCAUGGCACCCAGUCAGCAGGACCGCACCCGCAUUGUCAGUGAUUUGAGAGAGAGCAUUGCUGAGGUGCAGGAGAUGGAGAAGUACAGAGUGGAGUCCGAGUUGGAGAAGCAGAAAGGCGUGAUGCGGACCGGCCUACUGACUGGCUUAGUCGGAGGCGGAGCCGGGGUGAAGAGUGAGGUGGUGAAUGGCACCCUGGGAGGAAGGCCCAGUCUAGAUGACAACUAUUCUGCUGGAGAGGGUCUCAAACGCUCCGCUCUCAGCUCAUCUCUCAGAGACCUGUCAGAUGGAGGAAAGCGUGGUCGCAGAAACAGUGUUGGCUCCCUGGACAGUACCAUUGAAGGUUCCAUCAUUAGCAGCCCCCGGCUUCAGCAGCGCUUCCCGGUUCCGGGCGUGGUCCCGAGCUGCUACCCUACAGAAGACUACCGGCCGCAUCGCCCCAUCCUGAGCCCCGGGACGGGGGUGGGGGGUGGGCCGGGGCAACAACACACCGCUGCUGGGACAGGGGUUGGGGGAGUUCCCAGCAGUGUAGAGAGAGCUGGGGUGGUGAGUGGCCCUGGGGGGUGCAACACAAGCUCCUUCCUGGGCUCUCUGUUCGGCAGCAAACGUGCCAAACCGCCAAGUCCCCUUAUACCACCGGGGCCACCCUACCCCGCCCCCGUCCCCCCGCCAACGACGGGAGGGCCCCCUCCUCACUCCCCUUCAUCUCUUUGCCAGUCGGAUGGGGGCCCUUCCAAGAUCCAGGCCCUGCAUGCCCAGUACUGCCACACGGCCGUCGUACAGCCCCCUCCACCCUACUACCAUCACCAUCGCUACCACAUCCAAGCUGGCCCUCCUCCCUUGCCAGGGGGGGGCGUGCCCCCUCAUAUCCUUCAGAGAGGCCCGCUCCCCUGUCGCCCUCCUGUUGGCCCCCCCCACGCCCAGCUCCAGCAGCUGGCCCAUCUCUCCCAGCUCUCCCAGCAUGGCAUGCAGGGUCGCUACGGCAAUAUGGCGGUAGGCUGUCCUCCCCCCCUUUCUCCUCACUCCCAACAUUCCCAGAAUCCUCAGUUUGCCCUGUACCACUCGCAGCCCACACACUCCAUCAGGCCGGGCGCCGUGCCAAGCAAACCUCCUCUGACUUUGUCUCACUCCCACCCACACGCACACUCCCACACCCAUCCCGGGCACCCCCUCAGCGCCGCGCCCCACCCUGCCUCCCACCCCCAUCAGUCCCACUUCAUCUUCGGCACACUGCCCCACCAGCAUCAGCACCCGCAGCCGCCCGCCUCCGUCAGCACCCAUCACGCUGCGCCCGCCGGCCCGUAUCAGCCCCAGUACCCUCCUCUCUCUUCCAUCCCCCCUCCCCCACCCCACUCCCCUUUACCCCCCCCUUCUGCCCCCCUUACCCCUCUUACGCCUCUCUGCCCUCACCCCCCCCAGCACCCCGGGCAGCCUCAGCAGGGACCCCAAGUGACAGGGGCUGGGUCGACGGGCACGGGGGGCAGUUCCAAAUCCAAACCUAUCAACCGCAUCAGCACGGUAGUGUGAGCAGCAGAACGUGGGGGCACAGAGGGCAGAGGUCAGAGGGCAGGAUGGAGGAAAUGGGCGGGGCCAGGGCCAGAGCCAGGGCCAGUAGAGGUGAGCGGGACAGCGGCAGCAGCAACAACAGCUCCGGCGACAAGAAGAAACGCAACUUAUUUCGCCUCUGCUACUUCCACCUCCGCUUCCCACACAUGUAGACCGAGAGACAGUUGGAUCUGAGAACCCCAGAAACCGCAAACGUACCUACACACAUACAGGGAAUGUAGAGGCAGGGUCAACACACGCAAGAGACACGUACAUAUGGUAACUAACAUGUUCAUGUGUGGUUUAGGUAAAGGUUAGCACAGUCAUGAAUGUCAUGCUAGCACAGGUCAGUAAAACUAGAUGGUUCUGUCGCAGGUUCUCAGGUGUCAGCUCUGAACACUCAUAAAGAGAGAGUCACAAGAGCAAUGGUGAAGUGGGUACAGGCAGGAGAAAAGCCUUACACAAACACAAUCAACAAUUUCUAUAGCCAAUGAACCUAUGCUAGUAGUAAAUGUAUAGUAGGUCGCCUGUAAGCCAGGGUUUCACUGUGGGAAGUGUUAUUGGAAACUCUGGAAUCUGCCAAGACACAAGCUUGAGACACAGGCACCAUGUAAUUGUGCAAUGUUAUCUAUGGUACAAAGCCGUUCUCUCGCCAUGAAAUCAGAAACACAAAAGAUUUGGUUCUGGGUUAUAGGAUACAACAGAAAGACAAACUCCACCCUCGUGGAUAUGAAAGACUCACCCACUCAAUAUAUUCCAGCAGAGCUGUGCAUUGUAAUAUAUCACUGAGGAUAGUUGCAAAAAAGGUCCCUCGACUUUGCAAUAAUUUAUUCAGCUUAGUGUCUUUGUCAAUUUCCAUAGCAGGUCUUCAUCACUGAAAGGUAUCCUUUUUUAAUGUAGACCUCAGAGACAUUUUAACUUUAAUUACUAUUGCACGGUUCAAUGGCAGUCUUAAGCUCUAUGGUAUUUUACAUGUUAGGACAAGUCAGCUGGUUUCAUAGGAUUUACUCUACAUACAUCCCCUUUGGGGUGUGUGGAUUAAUGAUACUACCAAUAAUAUUAUUGAAUGUUUUUAAGCUUUUUUGCUGUUGUAUAAAUGUUAGAUAUAUAAUGGCUAUAAGUAUGAUGAAUAUUGUCUAAUAACCUGUUUUGAUCCAGUGAUUUAUUAUAUAUAUAUGUAUAUAUAUAUAAACAGAUGUUUGAUUAUACAGAUGAUAUACACAUAAUUCCCGCAAAAUUUGAUAUCUAAUGAGGGUGUUAUAAAGUUUUAAUUAUUUUUAAUGAUAAUUGCCAUUGACAAAUGCUAUUAUAAUUUAUUAUUAUAGAUGAUUGAAUAUGUUGGUUCAUAUUCAUUAUUAUUUUUGUUCAUAAUAGAGUGUACCUUACCUAUCUCCCUCAAUUUUAUAUCUAUCAGUGACAAAAUACCCACAAAUUGGGUCAUUAGGGUCAACAUUUUCCUUAGAGAAAGGGGAUCAUUUUUUAUUUGGUUUAUAUAGUUUUAUGUGUUUUAAAUAAAUAUGCUCUGCCCCAGAACCCUUUAAAAGAUCCCCUAAGGGCUUUGACCUAUGACUUGGGUAUGUAAAAUGACCCUCAUUUCAUUUGUGACCCUGCCUUUUACAUCCUGUCAUCAGAAGACUAUUUUGUUAUGAGUUUCUCACAUGGCGUGUGUGUGGACGGUCUAUGUCUUUGAUCAAGCACGCUUAGUAAUUCAGUUUUGUAGUUUUGCACACAGUUUUAAACAGGUCUCUCCUAUACCCUGUUGCCUUCCAUGAGAACUCACCCACACCUUUAUACCCUACACCCUAGCAGACUUGUACCAAACACCCUGGCGCCCUUGUACUGUCCACUCUGGCCUCCUUAUACCUAAUACCCUGGUACCCUUAUACUCUGAACCCUGCCACCCUUAUACCCAACACUCUGCUACCCUUAAACCAUACACCCUGGUAUCCAUAUACCCUACACCCUGCUACCCUUAUAACCAACACCCUGCUACCCUUAUAACCAACACCCUGCUACCCUUAUAACCAAUACCCUGGUAACCAUAUACCCAACACCCUGGUAACCAUAUACCCAACACCCUGCUACCCUUAUAACCAACACCCUGCUACCCUUAUAACCAUCACCCUGGUAACCAUAUACCCAACACCCUGGUAACCAUAUACCCAACACCCUGCUACCCUUAUAACCAACACCCUGGUAACCAUAUACCCAACACCCUGGUAACCAUAUACCCAACACCCUGCUACCCUUAUAACCAUCACCCUGGUAACCAUAUACCCAACACCCUGGUAACCAUAUACCCAACACCCUGCCACCCUUAUACCCUACACCCUGGUAACCAUAUAAGCUACACCUUGGUACCCUGGUACCCUACUCCCUGGCACCCUUAAACCCUAUAACCUGGCACCCGAAUACCCUACAUCCAGGUACCGUUAUACCUUACUCACUGGUUCCCAUGCUAAAUGUGCUCAUUAGAUCCCAGGAUUUUGCCGAAAUUCACUUCUAUUAUCUCUGUCAACAACCCUUUUCUUUCUCAGUGACUGAACAGUGGUAGGUUGAAGUAGGCUGUUUUAGGUUAUAAGGAAAUGUAAAAUUUUUAGAUGGCGAGAUGUACUUAAACAUUUUAAACAGUAGCUGAGGUCAAGACACAGAUUAACAUUAAAAUCCAGAGUACAGGUGAUCAUGGUUAAAUUAGGAAAGCGCUUUUUUUCACAUUAUUUCAUAAUAUUUUUAAUAAGAAAUCAUGUGUUUGUUUUGUUAGAGGAGGAUAAAAUGGCGUUGUUAAAGUUGAAGCUUUGUGUUGGCAAUUCCCUGUCUAAUUCCCUCUGUAUUGUCCCUUUGUGACCCCACUUGCAUGAAUAUAUCUGCACUUAUUCAAUGGAUUGUAUAAACCUGAAUGUACAUAUUAUAUUACAAAUACUUAAUAACUAUGGAAAUAAAAAUUCCCAUUUUGUUAUUAAGGUGUGUGUGAGUGAGUGCGUGCAUGUGUGCGCUUGUUGCCUGUGUGUCUGUGUAAGAGAAAUGCGGAGCAGGGGACUUCAGUCCGAUUGAAUAUUGAAUGUUUUUUUUAUGUUAGACUGAAGGUAGGAAGAUUAAUUGAAUUACAUGUUUGUAUGUCAGAGCACUAAUUGAUAUUAUUUUAAAUAUACAGAAAGUAUGAUCUUAAGAAUUUAAUUUGUUUAUGUAGUAUGUGUAAACUGAAAGAGAUUUGAGAUGUGAAUAUUUAUUGCUUCUGUUAUAUUAAAAAGUGUCCUUGCAGUG